CCUCCUGCCAUACAAUCCACAAAGAAGUAGAAGAAGAAGAACAACAACAAGUCUCCAGCUUCCCGUUUGCUACGUAUCAUCCCGGAAGAUUUACCUUUCUCCUGACACGUAGCAGCUGCAACCAAGUUUGCAGGGCUCUGGGUAGAUUUGUCAAACACCGAGAGAGAGAUGUCAGGGUUUGACAGUUUCAACACAGACUUUUACCAGUCGAGCUACAGUGUAGAUGACCAAAACCAGGCAGGCCAGGGCUACAGCAACGCUGAAACCCCCUACAAGCCGUACGAUGGUCAGUACGACUACUCCCAGCCCAUGGCCUACUCUGCCCCAGGGGUGAUGCAGCCCCAGCAGCCAUACACAGGACAAAUCUUCCAGCCCACACAGACAUACACCCCAUCCCCGUCACAAUCCAUGUAUAGUAGCAGCUUCGAUGAUGAGCCGCCGCUGCUAGAAGAAUUAGGGAUCAACUUUGACCACAUCUGGCAGAAGACGCUGACGGUCCUCCAUCCGAUGAAGGUAGCAGAUGGCAGCAUCAUGAAUGAGACAGACCUGGCUGGCCCCAUGGUCUUCUGUUUGGCCUUCGGAGCAACACUUCUCCUGACUGGUAAGAUCCAGUUUGGCUACGUGUACGGUAUCAGUGCAAUCGGCUGCCUUGGCAUGUACUGCCUCCUCAACCUAAUGAGUAUGACGGGCGUCUCCUUCGGCUGUGUGGCCAGCGUUCUGGGAUACUGCCUCCUCCCCAUGAUCCUCCUCUCCACCUUUGGAGUCCUCCUCUCUUUACAGGGCUUGGUGGGAAUUAUACUAACGGCAGCUAUCAUUGGCUGGUGCAGUCUCUCGGCAUCAAAGAUCUUCAUCUCGGCGUUGGCCAUGGAUGGGCAGCAGCUGUUGGUUGCUUACCCGUGUGCUCUCUUAUAUGGAGUCUUUGCACUUAUUUCUGUCUUCUAAAAAAAGAAAUCACAAAGUAACAGUUUAAAAUAACCGCUCUCCAUUUUCUGUAAUUUCAGUCUAAUUAGUGUCAGUGUAAUUAUUGGCUAAUUACACUGUUAUUGCAGAAAAAUGGGAGCUCCUGUCUAAAACUGCACCACGUUUUUUUUUCUUUUAUAAGCGUCUCUCACUACAUUCCGACUUGACCAUCUGCAGGCUUGGGUGUAUUAUCUCACUCAUUGCCUCUACCCCUCAUACAUCUUAAAGGAAAGGACUGUCAAAUAAACCUGGUGAAAAAUAACUCUCCCGUGGACCAUGUUGAGCCUUGAGCGGCCAAGUACAGUCCUAUGAUUUUUAAGGACAUGAAGGGCAAGGAAGUGAGCAAUUAGUUCUCACAAUGAAAACUCGAAGAGACAAUUUAAUUUAGACACAGACAGGAAAAGAUUCCUCAAUUUUUCAAGGACCGAUAACCCGACUCUCAGCAGCCUAAUUUGGAGCCAGUGGAAAAUGAUUUUUGCAAAAGCUGUUGUGAGCUGUUUCUGUAAAACGCCUUUUAGAUUCUACAGCUGCAAGACUGAAGGGAAACACCCACUUUCCUUCUGCACAAGACUACGGUAUCUCAUUCCACUUCUCCACCCAGAGAAGGUGGAGGAAGACAGGGUGGGGGGGAUAUCCUGCUCUCCAUCUUCUUUUUCUCCAGGAUUGAGGAGUCGUCAUAAAUCUCAUCAUUCGCUCAUCACAGCAGUGAUCGGAAACCUUGAUGUAAAAACAGCAGCUCUGCUUUAUCUUCUUAUGUAUUGUGUUAUUAUAUUCUCCAGAGAUUCAUUUGAGUUGUUCUGCUUUUCAAGAAGAAAAACACUGUUUGCACAAAAGCAUUGUUCUAAUUUUCAUAACCAUUUGAUUAGAUAUUUGAGAAUGAAUAGUCUGUGAGAUACUGUAUAUUUUUCGAGGACCAGAUAUGUCUUUGGGUUGUUUGCAUUCUUUAAUCUUACUUUUAGUCUCCUCACUUUGUAUGCUUUGAUGUGUCAUCUGUUGUUCAAGUCUUCAUAUGCACAUUAAAGUUGUCUUUGAAACUUUA